CCAGUAAAGUUACACACAUCCAACUGGCCAGCUCCACCAGCACAGAGCAGGCCGUAAGAUUGACCCCCCCCCCCCAUCUGAGCAGGCCAGAGACGAACAGAAAGCGCCGGAGAUAUGGACGCGUGUUGCAGCAUGAGCGAGGCCGACCCCGAGCUCUCCUCCAUGGUCCAGGAACUGUGGAACUCUGACACCAACCGACUGAAACCUGGCAUAGAUUACCGCAUCUCCCUGCAGGGAAAGGCUGGAACCAUGGAUGUCCAAUCACAGUACGAAGACGAUAACGACGGGAAAGGAUCUCCUCUGUUUACGUUUGUUGAUGAAACGAUUUUCAAAAAGGAUACCUAUUUAGCGUUCAUCUCCCUCCUGGAUAACUAUGAAAGCGCCACCGGCGUGCCCGAGGUCGUGACCCCCGAAGAGGAGGCAGAAAACCACAGAUUCCUGGACAUUAUGGUUCAGACUUCUUCAAUGAAGCUUGCUCAUCAGUACCUGGUGAGGAAGAAUAUAUCUCCAGAAGACCUGACGGACUUUAAAAAACAGCUCUACAGAAUCUGGUUUGAGCUGUAUGCAAGGCGGGGAUCAAGCAAGCCAGACUCUUCAGGGUUUGAGCAUGUCUUUGUUGGUGAGACCAGAGGUGGACGAACUGUGAUUGGUUUCCAUAACUGGAUCCAGUUGUACCUGCAGGAGAAGCUGGGACACAUUGACUACAAAGGAUACAGCUUUGUGGCCAACUCUCCUCAGCCGGACGAAAACAAACACAUCCUGGCGCUGCAGUUCUGUUGGAAGGACGGGAUUAAGCCCAAAGGCAGCAUCUUUCUCGGAGUCAGCCCCGAGUUCGAGUUCGCCCUCUACACCCUGUGUUUCCUCUCUUCACCGAACGAGCGUGUAAAAGUGUCCUUCAGCGUCUACGAUGUCGAGAUUGUUUGCCACCACUUCAACCAAAAGCACAUAGGAACCACCUAUCCCGUACUUGUGAGAUACCAUACAAAGUAAAAAAAAAAAAAAAACAUUAUAGAUAUGACUUCUCAAAUACACUCACACACCAGUGUCAUGAGUAUUGUUUUUGUAUUU